AUGAGGGCUGCAAGAUAUUACGGCAAGGAAGAUAUCAGGAUCGAACAGGUCCCAGAGCCACCAUGUGGCCCUAAUCAGAUCAAGAUUGCCCCGGCAUUCGUCGGUAUCUGCGGGACUGAUCUUCACGAAUACCUCGGCGGCCCUAACUUCUGCCCCUCCUCUAGACAUCCCGUCACGGGCGACCAGAUUCCCGUCACGCUCGGCCACGAAUUUUCCGGCAUCAUCAAAGAAAUCGGCGCAGAUGUCAAACAGGAGCACCUCAAAAUCGGCGCCCCCUGCGCAGUCCAGCCCACGAUUUACUGCGGCAAGUGUGCUGCCUGUAAAGCCGGUGCCGAGAAUGCGUGCCACACCGGCGGCUUCAUCGGACUCAGCGGCGGGGGUGGCGGCCUGAGCGAGGCAGUGUCUGUACCUGCGGAUCAGGUCUUCCCUUUGCCCGAGGGCAUUCCUCUGGAGCUGGGCGCCUUGGUGGAGCCGCUUUCGGUUGCUUGGCAUGCCGUCUCUGCCGCUCCCGUGACGUCCGAGUCUAAUGUCUUGGUGAUGGGAGGCGGUCCGAUCGGGCUGGCUGCUGUGCUUUGCUUGAAGGCGAAGGGGGUUACGAAUAUCAUGGUCGCCGAAAUUGCCACGGCCCGGCAGAGAUUUGCAAAGGAGUUUGGAGCAGCGCAUAUCAUUGACCCCAAAAGUCAGGAUGUCAUGGAGGAGGUGAUGAGGAUUACUGGCGGUAUUGGCGCUGAUAUCACACUUGACUGCGCAGGUGUACCGGCUAGUGUGAAAGCAGCGUGCAUGGCUGUGAAGACACGGGGCACAGUCAUCAAUGUUGCGAUUUGGGAGAAGGAAAUCCCCUUCAACCCGAACUGGGUAACGUGGAGAGAGAGCUCGUAUAAAUCUGUUCUUGGCUAUCAAAAGGCAGAUUACCAAGCCGUGAUCGAGAACUUGAGAACAGGAGCUCUGAAGCCUGCUUCCAUGAUUACAAGGAAGAUCCCAUUGGACGAUCUUGUAGAGCAUGGCAUCAAAGCCUUGAUUACGGAUAAGGAUAACCAAGUCAAGGUCUUGGUCGAUGUUGGUGCUUCACUAUGA